AUGAAUUUUAUCACACAAGGAGGGGAAAUAUCUUUUGAUGGAAAUUCUCAACAGUCAAAAGAGUGUAAAUGGAAAUCUAAGAUCUCUGACGCACAUGGACAGCAAAAUGAAAAUAUGAGAUGUCCAACUUGUGGAGAAGAUAUUCCAGCAAGGCUUUUUAAGGCGCAUUGCAUGAGACACGAUAUAGGGGAAAUGAUACUGUGCAAGGAUUGCAAUAGAUAUUUUGGAAGGGCACAGAUGACGGUUCACUUAAAAAGUGCUCAUGGAGGAUUAACUUAA